UUGUCCGAAUGACAACAGUCGUCGCCGGCGUCUCUUCACGAGAGCGUUACGCUGCAGGACCAAGCUUUUCCUGACUUAAAUCUCGGACUCCCGUUUUCGGCAUUGAGGAUCAUGGGUUGCGAAGAGGAGGUCCUCCGCAUCAAGAAGAAGCUGGACAAGAUGACGUCCAGCGAUGGUGACCAAACACAGGCACUAGAAAUUUUGAAAGUGCUGCAGGGACUCCCAAUAAACUUUCAGGUGCUGUCCAAAACACGUAUCGGGAUGACUGUGAACGCUCUGCGCAAAGCCUCUUCAGACGAGGAAGUAAUAUCUACAGCCAAACAACUCAUUAAGAAUUGAAAGAAAUUUGUUCCGGACAAAAAGGAUGAUGAUGAUAAAGAUGGAAAGGAGGAGAAGAAGAAAGAGAAAGAGGAUAAGGAAAAGAAAAGCGCCAGCAAUGGUAACAGUAGUAGCAGUAGCAGUGGUAAUUCAAAACCAGUUACAUUCCCCAAUGCAGCUCCACCCACAACUGAUUCUUUGCGACUCAAAUGCCGUGAGAUGAUAGCUAAUGCGUUAAAAUCAACUGAGGUGCCUGAAGAUGCCAUAGCCACCCCUGAAUAUCUGGCAGAGCAGAUAGAAGGUGCAAUUUAUCAAGAAUUUGGCAACACAGACGCGGGUUACAAAAAUCGCUUACGCUCACGUGUAUACAACCUCAAAGAUUCUAAGAACCCACAGCUCCGUGAAAAUGUACUGCGUGGUGCUAUAGCCCCCCAGAGAAUUGCAGUUAUGACAUCUGAUGAAAUGGCAAGUAAUGAAAUGAAAGCACUUCGAGAGAAGUUCACAAAGGAGGCUAUUGAUGAUCAUCAGUUAGCUGUUGCACAGGGUACCAAGACAGACUUGCUUAAAUGUGGAAAAUGCGGCCAGCGAGAUUGUACUUACAACCAGAUGCAGACAAGAAGUUCUGAUGAACCUAUGACCACAUUUGUGCUUUGCAAUCACUGUGGUAAUCGUUGGAAAUUCUGCUGAGGAGCUUGAACCAAGUGUCAUCUUAUAAGCUCCACCUCUUCAAUGCUCCUCAAUAGAGAGAUAUUGAUUUUGAUAUGUUCAUCUAAAGGAGACAAAUUGUGAUUUUAUGUUACAUAGAUAUUUUUCUUUGCUCUUUUUAAUUAGAAAUGUUAAGUGCAUCUUUUAACCCACCUUUUCAUUUUGACAGUGGUGAAUUACUAUUUGUCUAAAAGUAUGGCAUAACUGACUUCAGCACUGGAAUUACUUUGGUUUUGUAGUAGCCAGGAUUAGUAAACAGUUUUUGUUUACCGUGCACUUUUCUUGUCAGUAUCAUGUGUUUAUUCUGGUACUACAGAUUAUAUCUAUAUUAUUACAAUAACUAUGUUUCUUAGUUUGUAAAUUAAUAAUCUAGCUUAACUUUCAACCAGUCAUAGGGCUAAUGAUUAACAUCUUGUUCAUAAAUUUUGGCAAGUUAACCAGAUUGUCAUGAAGGUUGUAUGUCAACAAAAUACAAUUCGAUAAUAAGCAGUUGUCAAUGGUUGGAUAGAAUUUUUUUGUCUGCGAGAAAUCUAUACAUUUCACUGUACUGUAUAGUAUCUUAGUGGUCAUGGUUAUCCGACAGAGGAAGAUAGAAGUUAUUGUUGCAAAGUACAGAUAUUAAUUAUUUUUGUAUUUGGAGAUUUACUUUCAUUAGUUUUAAAAAUUGUUUACACCAUUUGAAUUUGAUGUUUGACAUUGCAGUCAUAGAGUAAUAAUUACUGUGCAGUCUUUGCAAACUAUGCUAUAUAACAUGUUCAGAUGUGAACUGCAAUAUGUUAAUGUAAAUAAUAGCAAAUGUGAAGAUCCUUGCAACAUAUGACUUUAUCUCCUGAUACAAGCAUUUCAUGAAACUGUUUUAUUCAAAGAUAAAUGAAUUUAUCUUUCACUUUGCUGUGUCACCAUGUUGUUUAUAUUUUUUUUCCAUUAGUGCUGUUAAUAUUUUUUUUCUACUUUGCUCUCAAAGAUGUGUUAACCAUGUUAUCGUCUGGUAAAUUACCAAAUUCAUUGCUCUGUUUAGUAGAUGCUGUAGUUUGACUUUUGUAUUUGGAUUAUGAGUUUUGUAUUAUAUAGUUGUUAGUAAUGUUACAUUAAAAACUUGUGUUUUAUUUAUUUGAUUAUUGCACACUUUUCAUGGUUGAUCAUUUUGAGCGACUUUUAUUAAUAUGUUUUUAAUAAAAUUGAAAGCUUUUGUGCUUAUAAAUAAUAUACAAGUAAAGUGUUCUCGUAAAAUACAAGUGUACCUGUA